GUUAUACCACCUGAACUACAGUAUACAUCCAUACAGCUUGUAAAAGUUUCCGAGCUCUAUAGAUUUGGAGCCCGACGAAAUCUCAUCUUCUACGGUCGAUCUCCCGCCGGACUUUGAUCCUCUGAUCAUUUCAAGAAUGAGCCAGGUUUUCCAAGGAUAUGAGCGGCAAUACUGCGAGCUUUCUUCUAACUUGUCUAAGAAGUGCACCACAGCUAGUGGUCUCGAUGGAGAACAAAAGAAGCAGAAAAUUUCAGAAGUGAGAUCUGAUCUGGAAGAUGCUGAAGCUUUGAUUCGCAAAAUGGAUCUUGAGGCUAGGAGUUUACAACCAAAUGUAAAGGGCCAACUCCUUCUGAAGUUGAGAGAAUAUAAAAAUGAUCUGAACAAUUUGAAAAAUGGAGUUAAAAGAAUUACAUCAGCUAAUGCUAAUCAAGCAGCAAGGGAUGAUUUGUUGGAAUCUGGAAUGGCAGAUGCUAAGGUAUCAACUGAUCAAAGGCAAAGACUGAUGAUGUCAACUGAGAGAUUAAAUCAGUCUAGCGACAGGAUUAGAGAAGGCCGAAAAAUGAUGUUUGAAACUGAAGAGCUCGGUGUUUCAAUUCUUCAAGAUUUGCACCAGCAGCGCCAGUCCCUUCUGCAUGCUCAUAACACACUCCACGGAGUGGACGACAACAUUAGCAGGAGCAAGAAGAUACUGACUAACAUGUCAAGAAGGAUGAGCAGGAAUAAAUGGAUCAUCGGAUUAAUCGUCACAGUAUUAUUGAUUGCAAUCGCAUUGAUUCUUUACUUUAAAUUGGCUCAUUAGGUGCAACGCCCCGGUUUUCGCAUCUACAUCCAGUGUGAGUUUUUAUGAACUGGAAAGCGCGUGUCUUUUGGAACGUCGAACCAUUUUCAUCCAAUUUGACUUCUGCUAGCUGUUUUAGUUUUGAGGUUUUUGUGUUCUUGUCAUUGUAUGCUGCUGUGAUUAAAGUCUCUAAGUGCAGUUUUAUAGCCUGUUUGCAUUUUUCAAUUGAUGAUGACAAAUAUUUCCUUCACUUAGAUUCCUUGACUUGAACUGUGUUACUAUAUGAUUCAUAAUUACCUUGGGG